AUGGAAUAUGAGCAAAAUAAGGCGGCUGAUUUAAAACCGCGCUCCAGAUGUAGAUGGGAGGUAGACGGGGACGAAAACUCCAGGUUCCUUCAUCGUCUUAUCAACAAUAGAAGGGUAAGUAAUGGAAUACUCGGUUUAACGGAAGACGGGGAAUGGGUCUCUAAGCCCUCGUUAGUCAAGAACAAGGUUUACAAGUUCUUUAAAGAGAAGUUUAAAGAAGAUUGGAAAGUCAGACCCAAAUUCGACUGCUUGUCGCCUUCUGUUCUUUCUGAUGCAUACGCGUUGGGCCUGGUAGAAAGGUUCUUGACCCAUAAGAUCAAAGCUGCGGUUUUUAACUAUGGGGGUGAUCGGGCUCCUGGGCCCGAUGGUUUUAAUUUUAGAUUUGUAAAGAAUUUUUGGGACCGCCUGGAAGGUGAUUUUUUUAGGUUGUUUAACCAGUUUUAUGAGACGGGAGAGAUCAGGAAAGGGUGUCCUUCCUUCUUCAUUACCCUCAUCCACAAAGUGAAAGACCUUGGAAGCUUAAACGACUACAGACCUAUUACUUUGGUCGGAAUUAUCAAUAAAGCUCUAUCCAAGGUUCUGGCGAACUGUUUAAAGAAGGUUUUGAAUCAUCUUAUCUCGGUCUCGCAAUAUGCCUUCUUUAAAGACAGAUUGAUAUUGUAUGGGCCGCUUAUUCUUAAUGAGAUUGUCUCGUGGGUGAAAAAAGAAAAGAAGAAGAUUUUCUAUCUUAAAGUGGACUCCAAUAAAGCAUACAAUAUUGUUAAUUGGUCUUUCCUCUUAUCGGUGAUGGAACAAAUGAGCUUCCUGGCCCGAUGGUGUAAAUGGAUUCUUGGGACUCUUUCUUCUAGCAAGAGGAGCUAUGAUUGUACCUUUAUGGGGGAAUGGUCGGAUGAGAACUUGAGGAAGAUCACCAGAAUCCUUCGGGUUUUUUAUAUUGUUUUUGGCCUCAAAAUAAAUUUAAACAAAUCCAAUCUUUUUGGAAUUGGUUUAAGUGAAGCGGAAGUUAAAAGAAUGGUUGUUGUUUUAAAAUGUAAAGAUGGUGUCUUACCUUUUGAUCACUUGGGAAUUAGAAUCGGGGGCAAUAUGAACCGGGUGGUAAAUUGGGAUUUCUUGGUCAAUAUUUUCGAGUCCCGACUUUCUCUUUGGAAGUCGAAGGCUGUCUCUAUGGCGGGGAGAAUUACACUCAUCAAAUCGGUAAUGGAGAGUAUUCCAACUUAUUAUUUCUUCAUUUUAAAGGUUCCCGAUAAGAUUUUGAACCACCUCGAGGGUUUGAUCAGAAGGUUUCUUUGGGGUGGUUCUACGGAUAAUCAGAAAAUUCAUUGGGUUGCUUGGGAUCGAGUGGGUUCCCCGGUGGCUGUGGGAGGAUUUCUUGGGCUGAGUGAGCUGAGAACUUGUAACCAUUCUCUCUUUAGUAAAUGGGUUUGGAGAUUCAGAUGUGAACACUCAGCGUUAUGGAGGGCUGUGAUCAACGCACUGCACAAUACCAAAAGAUGUUGCGAAUCUUUGCCUUGUAAUCGCUCUCUGACUGGAAUUUGGAAGACCUUGGUUGGAAGUGUUUGUAAAAUUUCAGUUGCUGGGGUCAAGUUGAACAGGUUGUUCAAAGGAGAGGUCGGGGAUGGAAGUACUAUCAAAUUUUGGCUUGACUCAUGGGCCUGUGAAGAACCACUCAAGGAUCGCUACCCUCGAUUAUUCAAGCUGGAAAGAGAAAAAAAAUGUGUGGUGAAAGAAAGGUUCGAAGCUGAUAAUAGAAAGCUUGGAAAUGCAUGCAACUGGACCAGAAAGUCUCUUUCGGUCGAUGAAAUUGACGAGUGGAAUAAUCUGUUCCAUCUUCUGUCACCUGUGGUUUUGACUUAUAAUCGCAAUAAAUGGAAGUGGAUCGGGAGUUCUGAUGGUAGGUUCUCGGUUAAAAGUGCCAAAGUUUUCUUGCGAAGUGGGGUUGAUUAUAGCGAAAGGUUCGUGUUCAAUUGGUCAAAAUGGGUAACGAAGAAGUGUAACGUUUUUAUGUGGAGAGUUUCUCUGGAUCGGCUCCCUACUAUGGUCGCACUUAAGGCUAGGAAGUGCACAUUCGAGAGUACCAUUUGUGAUCUUUGUGGUGAAGCUGAUGAAACUAUAGAACGUGUGUUGUGCUGUUGCAAUUUGGCGGUCUCAAUCUGGUAUAGAAUUGACAUUUGGUGCAAAGUUAGCUGUAUCUAUUUUUUUCGGUUAAAGACAUUUUCGAAAUUGAUAAGCAUGCGGGCAUGGACAAGAGAAGCAGAAAGAUCUUUAAAGGAAUUGUGUUCGUGGCUUGUUGGUGUAUUUGGAAGGUAA